AUGUCGGGCACGCAGUGGGCCAAGAUGUGCCACCAGGCGGGGCUGGUCGACUCUGCGGGGGCCACCCUCACUUCAGUGGAUGCCGAUCUGGUUUAUGUUGAUGUACAGCGACGAGAGUUUGAAGUAAAAGGGAUGAAGUUCCCCUUCGAGGUCUUCGCCCAGGAGGCCGUCCCAGCUCUGGCUGAGAAGGCCGGCCUGUCGUGGAACUCGGCCAACUCUGACGGACAGUUCCGGGCCGAGGGGGAGGGGGUCCAGUGCUCACGAGGCAGAGAGUGCUGGUCCGGCCCGGCUGUAUUACGAACACCGUAG